CCAGCGCAGCGGUGACGACAGGAAGACUGUAUUCACGAACCACAGCUGCGCACACAUGCGCAACGAGUACGUAAUUUGGCGCGAGGUGUUUUGAGUAUGCUUAAGUCAGUCUAAAACGUUGCGUUUGAACAAGAAGACACGCCGUCUAACUUAAACAUAACUUUGUGAUAUUAAUUCUGGGUUUCUACUAUAAAAAACAUUCUGGGAGCAUGUCAGUAUUUAUUCUGUUACUUCUUAUGUGAAAUGGAGAGUAAUUGGAGACUACGUGAGAGCUGUCAACAAACAAACGUUCGCUAGCUAGCUAGCGAACGCAACGUUAAACGCCUGCUUAAUCUGCUAAUGUUGAAAUAAUUGUCUGACAACACCACAGUUUAUCCGAUAUCUACAAUGUGCAUCUAGAACGUCUUGGAAUAUAUAUUCACAUUCUUGGGCCACAUCAUGUCUGUGUCUUUGGAAACCAAAAUGGCCACCACCCCUCUGCCCCUCCCGGCCCACUUCUCCCAGGCAGGGCAGUCCUUCUCAGUCAAAAAACGGCGUCUCCUCUUCUCCUCAUCCUCUACCUCCACCUCAUCCCUCUCACCCCCUGCCCUCCACUGCCACUCCCUGCCCCCCCGGCCCCCCUCCAAGGGCUGCCCCCCCCUGAGCCGGGUGUUCCCCCAGCGGCCCCCCUCCCCCUGGACCCCCCUGUCCCGCUCCCUCCUCCAGGCCCCCCCCCAGGCCUCGCUAUACGACCCCAGCAAGCCACAGUCCUUCUUCAGCCAGUGUUUCACCAACCUGGGCCUCCUGGGCCGGGGAUCCUUUGGGGAGGUUUACAAGGUCCUGAGCCUCCUGGACGGAAAACACUACGCCGUCAAGCGGUCCGUCCAGCGUUUCCGUGGCACCAGCGAGCGUAACCGUAGCGUGCGGGAGGCCCGGAGCCACGAGCGCCUCUGCCACCACCCUCACAUCCUGGGCUUCGUGGCCGCCUGGGAGGAGGGCGGCCGGCUCUACAUCCAGACGGAGCUGUGCUGCACCACCCUGCUACUGCACGCAGAGGCCCAGCCCCCCUGCCCAGACGAGCCAGCGGUGUGGGCGUACCUGUGUGACCUGCUGGCCGCUCUGCAGCACCUGCACUCCCAGGGAUAUGCACACCUGGACCUCAAACCUGCUAACGUGUUCCUCACCCGCUCCGGACGCCUCAAGCUGGGUGACUUCGGACUGCUGCUGGAGCUACCGGGCUGGGAGGGGGGGGCUGGGGGGACCGGCCGACAAGGGGGGAGGUCCCAGGAGACACAGGACCCCCAGGAGGGGGACCCCAGGUACAUGGCCCCAGAGCUGCUGAGGGGAGAGUACAGCCCUGCUGCUGACGUCUUCAGCCUGGGGGUGUCUAUCCUGGAGCUGGUGUGCAACAUGGAGGUGCCUAAAGGAGGGGAGGGUUGGCAGCAGCUCAGACAAGGCUGCCUGCCCUCCCAGUUUACCAGCGGCUUGUCAGGUGAGCUGCAGGCGGUGCUGCGGAUGAUGCUGUCUCCAGAGCCGUGCUCCAGGGCCUCGGUGGCAACGCUGCUCUCCCUCCCCGUCAUCAGGAGACGCAGGUGGAGACGAUGGGCCUCACUGCUCCUCCGGGAGGCCAUGCUCACUCUGCUGUCCCUCUGCCAAUCGGUGGUGUCGUCCUGCUGGGGCCUCCUCUCCCGCCUGCCCCUCCCUGGGUGGGGGUCCCCGGCCCCCAGCACGCCCCCCAGGAGCAGGGGGGACAGCCAGCUCGCCCUGCCCCCCAGCGUCAUGCUCACGGACGCAGGCAGUCUGGACGACGACCUGGUGUUCCUCCCUGGGGGGCUGGAUCUGGAACUCUCGCCUACCUUCUCUCACAGAGUGAAGUCUCGUCUCUCAGCUGGAAGCACAUCCACCCCUCUCCCAGCUCCCCCCCCCCAGCCCCCCAGCACCCCCCCACACUCCCGUCACCUCCACACCCCCACACACAGCCUCACACACACACCCUCCAGCAUCCACUCCUACGGGUCCCCUGUCUCCAGAGAGCCCAGCCUCACCCUGGAGGGCUGCCAGGACUCCCCCUGCCAGCUGCACCCCUCUCGCUCCUCUCGCUCCUCCUGCAGGCCUGGCCGGAACUGGGUCAUCCAGGAACCGCUCCCCAGACCCAGUUUUGAACCGAAGAACCUGCUGAGCCUGUUUGACGACACGGCUGUGGAGGGGCAGCCCUGAGGCUGCGAGGACUAGACUGUGGAGCAGGGGGAGACAUGCAGUGUAUAAAGUUUUCUGGGUUUAUGAGGGUUUUUUGAUUUUUAUAAAUGCCUGUCCAGACAAGAAUGUUUGUUUUGUUUGAAUGCGUAUGUUUGUAUAAAAAAAAUAUUGAUGUUGUUUGAAGAAGGGGGGGAAAAAAAAGAAGCUAAUUAUACUCACCUAAAUAUAUCUUCAUGCACUUUU